UCUCAAUUCUACUUACUAGUUGUCUCCAGUCUGUCUCUACCUUCAAGAGGCACAACCAAUCUCUGCCAAUUUCAUCCUCAAAAACCGCAAAAUCGCCCCUCGCUUGGCCUUCCAAUUUCGUCUCUCAGCCACUCAAGCACUCAAACGAAGCGCUCAAGGUAUCACGCCCUAGGACAGCCAACAAAACAAGCAUCUUCAUCAUACCCGAAGCCCCUUUCCAUAAGAAGAUGUCCUUCUUCAAGACCCACUUUGGUCCUUCCCGCUACGUUUGGGGGCUGCACGCAACCAAUCACGCCGUCUUCACAUCCAGCACGUACCUGCCACAGUGGGCGUUUGUGCUGUACCGCUUUCUUCAGGCAGGAUACUCGUUCGGCUGGCUUGUGUCCCUCAUCGUCCAUUCCGACGACAAUCGAUGGCUCAUCUAUCUGACAAACUGGUCGUACCUGCUCCUCGCGACCUACUUUGCCCUGGCGUUCAUCGGCGCCGCCUUGCACUGGUUUCACGGUUGGCCCACUGCAACGGACCAGUUGCACACAUCGACCUCUCAGCUCUCCCCGGACAGCGAAAAGAGCAACCAAAUGCGCAUGUCCGAGCCAAACUUGGCCGCGCCCACCGGCACACGCCCGACCGUCGCUCAACGGCUGCUGUGGGUGCUCUACUUGCUCGCCACAGACGCGGCUGUCACCGUCGUCAUCCUGUACUGGGGUCUGGUGUUUGACAGCGCCACGACGGAUGUUUCCGAGUACAACAUCAGCGAGCAUGCCAUCAACGGAGUCCAAGCCGUCGUUGAGAUGCUGGUUGCUGACAUGCCGCACCGAUUGGCGCACCUUUACUUUCUGUUCACCUACGGCAUUGCGUACAUGAUUCUCACCCUCAUUUGGUGGGGUGCCGACGGUGUGACCGAUAAUGGCACCACAUACAUUUACAAGGUUUUAGAUUACGAUGCCACCCCAGGCAAGGCUGCCAUGUACCUGUGCCUGGUCUUGUUGAUCGGCCUGCCCGUGAUACAUUUCGUCUUGUCAGGCCUGGUAGCAACUGUGCGCGAGCGCUUCCUUCGUCGUCAAGUGCCGAGCGUUCCAGGAGGCGCAUUCACCCCGCCGCAACACGGCCAGUGAUGCUUGGGUCGACAAGAUGUGAAAACAUGUCCGAACAUGUCCGGGAGAGGGGUCGAGCUACGCUUUUCUGUGUGCGUCAGGUGGUAAAUUCUAUGGCCACCAAUGUAAGCUAUUAGUGGCAUCCAUAAAACAGCUACAUUAAAAGUCAGUUGCAAGUGGUGAGCCGAAGGGCGACCACUGUGAUUCGUCGUGGAGUCACAUACAGUUUAGCACACUCCAACAAAUAUAAUGCGGCGUCCCGACCCCCUGCUUACGCC